AUGAGUGACUUAGGGUUUGAUCCGAGCUUGAAAAAGAAGAAGAAGGCCAAGAAGCCCGUCGAGGAUGGCGAGAGUGGCAGCCCAGCCCCAGCUAGCGCCGAGUUGGACGAUAUGUUCGCUGGCUUGAAGAAAAAGAAGAAGUCCAAGAAGACAGAAGAGAAUGGCGAGAGCGCCUCACCCUCGGUAGACAGCGUGACGGCGUCUUUCGAUGACUUGGGCUUGAAAAAGAAGAAGAAGAAGUCCACGAAAGCUGCUGGUGCCUCUGACUUCGACGAGGCCUUGGAGAAAGCCGGUCUUGACGAUGUCACCGCCACUGCUGAAGAGAAGGAGUCAUCCGUUCAGACCACCUUGGGAUUGCCAUACGACUUCCUUUUGUCCCGAUUUUUCACCAUUUUGAAGCAAAACAACCCGGAGUUGGCCGGCGACAGAAGCGGACCAAAGUUCAGAAUUCCUCCACCUGUGUGUCAGAGAGAAGGUUCCAAGAAGACAUUGUUUGCCAACGUGCAAGAGAUUGCUACAGUGUUGCAGAGAAACCCCGAGCAUCUAAUCCAGUUCUUGUUCGCUGAAUUGGGUACCUCUGGUUCUAUUGACGGUGAGAAGAGAUUGGUGUUGAAGGGUAAGUUCCAGCCUAAGCAGAUGGAGUCUGUCUUGAGAAGAUACAUCAUCGAGUACGUGACAUGCAAGACAUGUAAGUCUAUGAACACCGAGUUGAAGAGAGAGUCGGCCAACAGAUUGCAUUUCUUGAGCUGUAAGGCUUGUGGAUCCACGAGGUCCGUGUCGAGCAUCAAGACUGGUUUCCAGGCCCAGAUCGGCAGAAGAAGGAGAAUGUAG